AUGGUUGCAUUUACGUCGCUCUCGGCAGCGGCGCUCGAGGCACUCAAGUCGCGCAACGAGACGACGCUUUUUGUCGCGCUGGUAUGUCCGUGGGCGCACCGCACGCUCUGGACCGUCUCGGAAAUCGACGCCCCCGUGCGCGUGCUCGAGUUGAGUCUCGACAGUAUGCCAAUGAGCUACCUGCGCCACUUGAAUCCCGACGGGUCGGUGCCAUUUUUGCUCGCGAAUGGUCGGCCCAUGCACGACUCGGUUGACAUUGCCAUGUACAUGGAUGCGACGUUCAACAACGGUCACCUCGCCGCCACCGACGACCGCGCCGGCGCGGCGCUCGUCCAGCGCGCCAACGCGGUCUUUGAUGUCGCCCCGACGUUCGCGUUCCUCCGCAACGCUGACGCGUCCAAGAAGGAUGCGCUGCAGCGCAAGAUGCAUUCGAGCUUGUCGCAGCUCGAGACGGUCUAUGUUGAGGAGGCAGCUGUGUACCGCAGCCGCGGGCCGUACUUGCUCGGGGACCGGCUCAGCCUCGCCGAGAUCUUGAUCUUGCCGCUCCUCUUCCGCUUCAACUUGAUUGCCAAGCAUUAUCACGACACGGAGCUGCUGGCGUCGCACCCAGCGCUCGCAGGCGCGUUGGCGGCAGCGACCGCGCGACCUGCGUUUCAGCGCGUGACGCGGGAGCCCGAAAUGUACUUGCGCGCGUUUACCAAACUCCGAGCGCGCCGCUAGCGCGCCGCUCGAUAGAGUACGAUAGUGGAUAACCGUCGUCGCGUCGACUGAACCGAAUAGAUGUCUUGUGCUAUUGGCCCAGA